GACGGUUUCAAGGCAGUCAUAAAAAAUUUCAGAGAAAUUGCCAAUAAAAAAAAUUCAAGGAAUAUGAUCCUAAAUUUGUGCCUUGUCUUCUUUACAGCAUGUCUAUACACAUCUGUCGAGGGUUUAGGACUUCACCAAGCAAAAAUGACGGACGACUUAAGAAAAGCAAUUUUGAGAGCGCACAAUAAUUAUCGUAGUCAGCUUGCUAAAGGCCUAGUUACCGAUGGCUCGAACAAAACAAUGCCGGCAGGGAAGAACAUAUACAAAUUUGUAUACAAAUUAUCAAUCGAGAAAAUUGCCCAGGCAACUGCUGAUAAUUGCAAAAUGGCACAUCCUGGCACUGUUGGAUAUGGAGAAAAUUUAUGGGCAAAUAGCUGGGCUAUGGAUAAUUUGACGGAAGCAGUAAAUGGCGCUCCUCUAUCCUGGUGGAGUGAGAAGGAUAAAUGCCCUAUACUUGCGAACAAUCUACAAGUUACUCCUGAUGUUUUUGAUAAAUGUGGACAUAUGACCCCAAUGGCAUGGUCACAUACUACUCAAAUUGGAUGUGGUAUUCAACUUUGUCCAGCACAAGAUUGGUGCUCAGGAUGGAACCCACCUUGUUAUAAUACGACGCUUAUCUCUUGCAAUUAUUUUAACCCGACCAAUGACGCAGGGAACAUUUUAAUGUACGAAAAAGGAAAUCCAUGUUCGAAAGAUUCUGAUUGUGAUUACUAUGCAAAUUCAAAAUGUGACACGAGUUGUGGUCUUUGCAAAGCACCGUUAGAUGCUACUGAUCCACAUAAAAAUUCAGGAAAUUAA